GCUCUAUGGUUAAUCUAUUUGCUUUGGAAAUUAGGGUGGAUUAGUUCAGUUUUGGACCGGAAACGCCAAGACUGAUCGAGAGAGCGUGUAUGCUCUAUCGGUGCUCAGAACAGCAACAGUUCUUUGUUUAUUGUUUAUGACUGGAAGAAUUCCAAGCAAGGCAGCUGAAUAGUGGCGGAUCAAGACCGAGACUAGGCAGAAAAGAGUCCAGGUUAAAAUAAUUUACUGCACUCAGUAGAAGAGUGCCCGUCAGCUAUGGAGGAAGAUGCCGAGCCUCUUCUGAUCCCUGUUGGAGGUGAUGAAAAUGAUAUUGGAGCCCUCAAUAUUCAGUUUAACCCAGAAGACCUGAAGUGCAAAAGGCCAUUCCAUAUAGAACCUGCAAAUAUUGUUACGGUGAAUAAUGAUAUGCAGAGAGUUACAAAUGAAGCCUCAGCAAUGAAUAAGCGGAUCCAUUACUACAGCAGGCUCACUUCACCUUCAGACAGAGCAUUGGUGGCUCCUGAUCAUGUUCUUCCUGCUCCAGAAGAAAUCUAUGUGUAUAGCCCAUUAGGAACUGCUUUAAAAAUAGAUGGCUGUACUGAUGGUUAUGGCAAAAACUCAAGCAUAGUAACGAUAUUUAUGAUCUGGAAUACAAUGCUGGGCACCUCUAUAUUAAGUAUUCCCUGGGGAAUAAAGCAGGCAGGAUUUACCACUGGAAUCAUUACUAUUUUGCUAAUGGGCAUGUUGACACUUUACUGCUGCUACAGAGUUCUGAAAUCAAGGACAAUGAUACCUUCAACAGAUACCUCAACUUGGGAAUUUCCAGAUGUUUGCAAGUAUUAUUUUGGAUCCUUUGGUCAAUGGUCUAGUCUUUUGUUUUCAUUGGUGUCUCUUGUUGGAGCCAUGAUGGUUUACUGGGUGCUCAUGUCCAAUUUCCUUUUCAACACAGGAAAAUUUAUAUAUAAUUAUGUUCAUGACAUUAACGUAACAGAUGUUGUUCCUGGUACAAAUGGAACCAAUAGAGUAAUUUGUCCAGGUGAUGUUGGCAAGGAAGUGCCAGGAAACACAACCUGGAUGUUUGUUUCUACCAGCAAUGCAGGAUUUGAGGAAUUUGAAGAGUGGUGGAGCAAAUCAAAAACUGUCCCUCUUUACUUGACCAUCCUUGUUCUGCUAUUGAAUUUUAAGUCUCCAUCUUUCUUUGCCAAAUUUAACAUCUUAGGUACUGUUUCAGUCAUCUAUCUAGUUAUCCUUGUUACUGUGAAAGCUGCACGCUUGGGAUUCCAUUUAGAAUUUGACUGGUCUAAUACAAGCACAUAUUUUGUACCAGAGUUCAGGAUUCAGUUUCCUCAGCUUACAGGGGUGCUGACACUGGCCUUCUUUAUUCAUAAUUGUGUAAUUACGCUGCUUAAGAACAACAAGAACCAGGAAAGCAAUGUCAGAGAUCUUUCCAUUGCCUAUUUUCUGGUGGGUUUAACUUAUCUCUAUGUUGGGGUGUUAAUCUUUGCUGCUUUUCCGUCUCCGCCAUUGCGUAAAGACUGCAUAGAACAGAAUUUUUUAGACAACUUCCCCAGUAAUGAUAUCAUGUCCUUUCUUGGAAGAAUAUUCCUGCUGUUCCAAAUGGUAACUGUGUAUCCACUGCUUGGCUACUUGGCACGAGUUCAGUUAUUUGGACACAUCUUUGGAAAUGCUUACCCAAGUUUCUUCCAUGUGCUGGUUUUGAAUAUAGCGAUAGUAGGAGUUGGAGUUGCAGUGGCCAUAUUCUACCCUAACAUAGGGUGCAUCAUAAGGUAUUCUGGAGCAACUUGCGGCCUAGCUUUUGUAUUUGUGUAUCCAUCACUCAUCUACAUGAUCUCUUUGCAUCGGGAGAAUCGGCUGACAUGCUUAGAUUUUUGUCACGUGGAAUGAAAAAUGGAUAAUCUAUAUCUUGUUACAUACGUACAUGCAAAAGGUAAGCAUAUCUGGGUGGUCAUUUAUCCUUUGCAGUUGUUGGAACCCAUUUUAUGUACAUCCACUUUGAGAAACUUUAUUUGCUACAUUACAAAAGGUAAUAGUGAGGCCUUGUCUCUGAGAACUGUACUGAAGUCUCAACAUAGUUGGGGCAAACCAUCAUUAAAAGUUAUCAAAUUUUGGAGCAUGCUCUUUUCAUUUACGUUUGUGGCUACUCUGAGUCACUUUAGGGCAGGUGUGGGGGACCUUUGGCCUUCCAUAUAUUGCUGAACUACAAAUCCCAUCAUCCCUGGUUAUUGACCAUGCUUUCUGGGACUGAUGGGAGAUGUAAUUCAGCAACAUCUGGAGGACCUACUUUAGGAGGAAAGAAAAAUGCCCUCAAACCUUGCCUCUGUCUCCCACCAAAAACUAAUUAUUGCUCCAUUGCCAGAUUAUAAGUACCAGGAAGGGCAUUUCUUGCAAGUAAUUAAGCAGCAACCUCUAGAGUUUAGAUGCAAGCGAACUGAGCAAAAGAAAUCUUGUGCUUUUUGAGACAGUCCUUUUGCUGCAGUUUCUUUGUGAUGGAGCCAAAUGUUUGGAGCAGUCUUGUUUAAUUUUACUGAGUGAGUUAACCAGACCAGUUAUGCUUUGGGACUAUAAGAAUGUGUAUCUACUGCCUAUUUUCUUUAGGAGGUGCCACCAAGCUUCUGUCUCUUUUGUACCCUUCUUUGCUUUUUCCAGUGAUUAGUGUUUCCUGAAAACUUGACAGCCAAAUACUGUAUAUGGAUCCUGUAAGUGGGAGGCCAUUGAAUAUAAACUGAAACAUAACAUCACUUACUACUUAUUCUGCAUGUGUACGCACAUAUAUAUUAUCAUAAGAAAGUUUGCACCCAAGGUUGGAAAGCCCUGAGGUACAUUGGAGCUAGAGCAAUGAGCCUGGAGCUGGAGCCCCUUCUGUUCAUUUUAACACAAUACCAGGCUGAUGGCAGCAUGGUGUUUGGAGGCUGUAUAUAAUGAACAAAUAUGUGUGCUGAAAUACAGAGAAAAAUAGCUCUGUUCUUUGCAAGGGUGAUACACCAUUUUCCUAGUCUCCACAUACACAACUCCUUCUUAGUUUCUGUGCUUGGUGAGAAUAAUAAAUCUGUGAGAAUGAGGAAUUAAAUGUGUACAUUUAAGCUAUAAUACAGAACAUAUACUUAUUAUCUAUGGCUGCAUAUAGUGAAUAAACAUUUUUUUGAUGGGCACAGGGAGAAAUUAGAAGACAGAGCACUCCAUGCCUAUAAUUGCCUUCUGGUGGAACCCCUUGUAGUUAUAUGUGCCUACAUGUAGAAGCCAGCAAGAAAGAUGACCUUUAAAUAAAAGCAAACUAAAGAGGAUGGGAUUGGGAGGCAGAUUUAAGAGAUGCAAUGAACAAUGAAGAACUGGAUUGUAUCCACAACAAUAAUUAGUGAUUGGAUCAUCUUUUAUCAGAGCGCACGUAUUUUGAUGGUCUGGUGCAAGAUGCAAUGCAGGAUAAAUGUAUUCCGUUUCUGUACUUAAUGAUUUGAACACUCAAGGUUGCUGAGAUUUCUCGAGUCCGCCCAUGGAGAAAGGCCAUGAUUCAAUGACAAAAGCACAUGCUUUGCAUGGAGAAGAUCCUAAAUUCAAUCCCUGGCAUCUCCAAGCAGAUUUUCAGUUGGCAGUCCAGAUACCUGGAACAUGAGCAUCUGCAAGAAUUUGGGGUGGGGGGAAAGAAAAAUAAACAUAACUAGCAUCGGAGAACAGAUCUGCCAUUUCUGUUAGAUCCAGGGAAUGAAUUAUUGCGAAGCCUGCAUAGACCUGGCCUGAAUUUGAAUUCCAGAUCUGCCCCUCUACUUUCUCAAUGGAUAGAUCUGCUGUCCAUCUGUAGAUAGACCUGGCAUUCAGACAUCUUUCCACUCACCACUGAAACCCUCAACUCUCCCUGGCUUCCUUCACCCCCUCCAAUCCUUAAUUGACUGCACUGCUGCUAUAAUCAACUUCACAGCCCCAUCUUCACUGCAUCCCACCCAAAAAAGAAAAACCCAGCGCGCCAAGAUAUGUACACUGGACUACACUUCAGGGUUGUCAUACACUCCUCUCCCCUCCCCCAGCAAAAUGGUUAUAACAACACUGGGCUACUUUGCAGGGCUGGCAUAACUUUCUCAGGCACAGUCCUGCUCCUUAUUAUAUGGGUAUAAUAAUGAUAGACUUCAUCUGCAUUAGCAAAGUAAUUUUUAAUAUGCUUUCAAACUCAGUGAGGAAAUCACGUUUUUAUGUAAUAAGUCCUGAGUUAGAAAGAUUUGCUGCUACCUUUUGUUUUGGGUUUUAGUUUUGCAUUACUGCUCGGUCACAGCCACAAUAAAAUCCUGGAUUCCUUCAUUGUUUUUUUGGGGGGUGGGGGGGCAUCAUUUUUCCACCAGGGAAGACCAGCAUAAACAAAACAAACAGAGAAGUUUCUCCUCUAGAAAUCUAGCAAUGAUUAUUUCAUUCUAGCUUCUCUUUGCUAAUUGACUAGCUUUGCUUUCCUAAUUGUCGGUCAUUGCUAUAGCUUCAUUCAUUUGCCAAGGACCCUGAAAGGCAGGAGCAGGCUGCUUUCUCACUGAAAAAAAUGAGGAGAAUGGUGCCUGCAUGCUUUGCCUUAUAUCUCAGGUUCUGCAAGUGCUAGAGCCUCUUUUUAAAAAUGAAAGCGGAUCUGGAGAGUCAUCCACAGGGGCAACUGCUCACGAUUCCUUCCUCCUCUUGUGGGCGCCCAUUGCUGGAGAUUAAGCCUGGGGCCUUCUGCAUGCAAAGCAUGUGUUCUACCACAGAGGGGCAGACCUCCUCCCCAAAAUUAACAUAAUGGGAAAACAUAAAAGCCCUGCUCUGUGCUCGUGCAUGUGUAUGUGCAUGUGCGCGCACAAGCACACAGAGGCAAAGGCAAUAGCUCUGUGAUUGCACAUCUGCCUUGUAUUCAGAAGGUCCCAGGUUCAAUCUACAUCAUCUCCAGGUAGGAUCAACAGAGACUUCUGCCUCAAACCCUGAAGACCUGCUGCCAGUCAGUGAAGACAACACUAGAUGGACCAAUGAUCUGACUCAGUAUAAGGCAGCUUCCUAUGUCCCUGUGUUUUCAUACACACAAACUGUCUGGAUCCCAGGAACAAAGGAAGCAGUCUUAUAUUGAACCAAUCCAUUGGUCCGUCUAGCUCAGUGUUAUCUAUACACUCUCCAGGUUUUGCAGCCAGGGAGAUGCCGGGGAUUGAACCUGAGACCUUCUGCAUGCCAAGCAGAGACUCUUCCACAGAACUAUGGCCUCUGUUCUUAGCUUAUAGCAGAAUGUACUAUAUUCCAGGGAAAUCACUUAGUGAGAUGUCAUUAAAGAUGUAUGGCUUCUCCAGUAUAGUGCCUUGCCUUGGAACAUAAGCACAUCUGCAGUAUUUGUUGUUUGGCUGUAGCAGGUUUAUCUUCUAAUCUGCAUUGUUGGUUUCCUUUACCUUAUUCUAGCCUUCACUUAAACCCAUUUUCUGCCUGUUUUUUCCUUGCGUUUCCUGAACUUGCUUUUUCUUGGGCAGCUCCACUGGAUCCAGUCCCAGCUUGCCUUCUGGCAACAAACGUGUCAUAUCAGUUAUUUAGAUCGAUGCUUUUUAAAGAACCAAAUUACUCCCUUAUUUUUAGCAGAAACCUACAGGAAAAGAAGUAGGGUCCUUGCACUGAACAAGAAUAUUUUGAAAAUCAUAUACAUACAGAGAACGACUGAAAGCUGCAUGAGAUGCAAAUGCCUGUUAACUAAGGCAGGUUACUUUGGCCUUACGAAAGCAAACAGAACAAGAAUGGACUCUCGAGUCAAUGUGACAUUUUCAUUGUGAGUGUUUUGGCAUAAUUAGGAAAAUGAUGGUGAUUAGAAGCUUUUUUGGCAGAGAUCUGCUUCUUGCUAGGUCAGAAAGCUUUAAAGUGCUAAUAGUUAAUAAC